UUCCUUUUUUUUUUUUUUUGGAAAGGGCGACAUUGCAUCCUCUCUAAUUUUGGAGCAUUGUUUUGACUGUUGCCUUUUGUUAGUAAAAUCACCAGGAAGUCCAUUAUAGUGCGGAUAUUCAAGAAGGGAAAAAAACACCCAAUAUUCUGUAAUAAAAUGACCGUUUAGCAUGUUUCUUGGUAUAUUUUACAUCAUGGUGGUGUUAGUUCACGCAGUCUGUUUUGCUCUGAAGCCCUGUCGUUCUUUGUUCUCCCUGAACCAAAGAUGGAGGCUGAACGUGGCUCUGUUGUAACGACAGCCUAUGGCAGGCCCAGGAAACAAAGGGUGUUAAAUGACUGAACUCAUGCUUCCUGCUGGAAAUCUGUGUCAUGGAUGAUGAGGAUGAUCGACAUCUUCUGGAUAUUUUAGGAGAUGUGGAUGCAUUGAAUGACUAUCUCCAUGGCAGCAACAGCAAGUCUAUUGAGGAGGAUGAUGUGACAAAUGCAGCUUUCGGGUCAGACGCGUCCUUCUUUUCUAGCGACACGGUUGGCUCAAACUCUGGCCUCAAGGAUGGCUCUUCUUCAAUGGGGGAAUUCGGCGACGAUUCAACAGGGGCAGGCCUCCAGCUCUCCAGCAGCCUUUCAUUUAUCGAGGAUGAAUUGGGGUCCGGGGACUCCCCCGGAGGGGUGGAUCUUGGGGGAGAGGACCAGCCCUUUGACAUCCUACAGAAGUCUCUCAUGGAGGCCGACAUCACGGAGCAGACAUUGGCCCAGGAGGCCUUACUAGACUCCCAGCCGGCUCCCACUCUGGUGCAGGCUCCCGUCCCCUUCCCCUCCCAGCUGGUCUCUGGGGGUUAUGGAGGGGGCGUGGGUAUGGUAACCACGGCGACAGCUGCGUUUCCCACAGGCCAGUUUCUGCAAGGAGUCUCCCAGCUGCCCAACGGCUCCGCCCAGCACAUCCAGGUGUUGGGGUCCUUCGGGGCGGGUGCUGGUGUGAUGACUCUGAGCAACCUGGAGAGAACUCCUCAGCUUGUGCUGAGGCCGGGCGCGCCUGUGUCCGCAGCAGGGGGGGCCGCAGCAGGGGGGCAGGUGUUUGCUCCGACCCAAGGGCAUGUAGGUCAAGUGGGCUUACCUUUCAAAAACAUCCCCCUUCAAAACAUCAUCAUCCAGAGAGGCCCCGGAGGGACCCAGACUCUCGUCAGACCUAUCCAGCCUAAACCGCUCCAAUCUGGGGCUCAGACUGUCUACAGCCUCGGCCUCCAGCCCACUCCAACCACCAUGGCUAAUGUAGUUAACGCUAACACGGCUUCUCCUGGGGGGCAGUACACAGCCAAUGGCUCCAUUGUUGUGCAGCCCUCCCUGGAGCAGCAACAAGCGCAGGCCCAGACAAAUAUACCACCUGGACAGUUCUUGAUGCCCAGCUCGUUGGCACUCACUCCAGCCAGCACCAUCCACAACGGCCCCGUCGACCCCAACUCAAAUGCCCUAAUUAACAGUCAGAACGCGGUGCAGAUCGUCGCAGGGCAGAACUUCACUGCGCCGCCGGGGGGCCAGCUCAUUUUGAAUCAGGGAGUCGUCAGUCGGAGUCAAGUUGGAGGAACCGUAACUCAAACAUGGACCGGAGUUUCUUGUGCGAGCGCCGCCCCCGUUCAGACAUCGUGCGAUCCUGGGCGUCUGACUCUGGUUGGCCCGGCGACGGCGGGGAUCAGCGGUCAAGGCCAAGUGUUGGCUAGUCCCGUUCAGCGCCUUCUAGUGACUCAAACUCCGAAUUGCACUUCUCUGUCCCCUUUAGCUGGUACUGUGACGCAGGAGCAAGACUACAGACAGAAUUCUUCCUCUCCUGCCCUCCUCAGCAGCAUACAUGCCAUGACAACCAUGACUCAAGAUUCAAAGCUCAACUCUCAGGUCAGUGCUCAGAAGAGACCUGCCCUUCCGCCGCUUACAAGAGGAGAAUUGAUUUUACUACAGUUGAGGAAGGAUCACGCUGGAGUUGAGACCCUCGAUCCUCGUCGAUUCAAUUCCAUCGACGAUGCGCUGCAAAGACUCCUCCCGUACCACGUGUUCCAGGGGGCUCCACCCAGCCAGGAGGAGUUCUCACAGGUGGAUGACGAAUUUGAGGUAGUUGCAACUCAAGUGCUGAUGAGGACCCAUGUCAUGGUGAACAAAUACAGACGGCUACUGAUGGUGGAAGCGGAGCGUUCCAGUCCGUCAUCAGAAAUGGUGAUGAUUGACAGGACCUUCAACCAAGAGGAGCGCAGCAACCUGACACAAGACAAACGCAUGAUACUCGUGGAUCCAGACACCUUCUUCGAAGACUUCUGUUGCGGGAUGAAAUCCAAACUUUCCCAGGAUCCCGCCCCCUCUCCGUCGUCGUCCAGCUGUAGCUGGAAUCAGUCAGACAGAGGCUCCGCAGAGCCACCGCACAGGACAGACUCCCAGCCCGGGUGUGGAGACCCGGGAGGGGGCGGCGAUGUAGGACCAGGUGCAGCGGAAAGACUCCACCCUCCGCUCUUGGAGAACAAGAGCGUCCUGGAACUGAAGAGAUCCCAGCAACACUACGGGCCCAGCAGCGGGAGCAACAACAGCCUCCUCGCGGCCAACAGUUAUCCCCAAGGUAACCCCUCACCCUUCGCAGCCACAACGAGAGGGCAGACGAACUACCAGCUGUCCUCCCAGCCGAUGCAGCCCGAGUACCCCGCUCAGCUCACCUCACCCCCUCACGGCGACACAGACUCUGCUCUAGAGGCGGCGGUCAACAGCAUCUUGGAAUGUUAAGACUGAUAUCAUCCCUAGUUUUGACUUCUUUUUGUGUGCGCGUGUGUACAUUUUGUUUUUGUCAAACUCUCCUGUUGUAAUAUUUGUUGUAUCCACCCCCCCCCCCUUAUUCCCUGUGUGAAGAGAGGUUAACUCUUCUUUCAGGUCUAUUAUGUUUGUUAUACCAUCUCCGGCCAUGUAGCAUGUAUUUAGUUUGUUUUGGUGAUUCUUUUUGUUGGGGGGGGGGGGGCAGGGUUUGGUAUGAAGUAUGAGUCAGAGACUCCAGGGGAAUGCAGGCACUCAAGAUUACCUAUGAACAUCUGGGUACGUGUGCAAUGCAAUGUACUCACAGAUGGAAUUAUUUGUUGUUUUUUGUUUACAUUUCACAUUAUUUCAAAGGGGAAGGAUCUGCAAUUUCAGUAGCUUGAAAAUAGGUGUCCCUCUGUUCUCAAACGCACCAUUAAUCUUUCGUGCCAGUUGAUUUACCUAUGCUGAAGAACGGGGGACGAGGAGGAGGGACAAAAUGACAAAUCUGUGCCUAAUUCUAGGUUUUUAUUUUGAAGUGUUUACAUGAAGGAUCUCUAUUCAAAGAUAUCCGUCGACUUAGUUCCUUCCUGCAUUACAAACAUGCACAAUACACACACGCAUGCACGCUUUAGUGCAACGUGUUAUGUAGUUUCAUGGUUCGGAGGCGUAGAUUUCCUUUACGGUUUAAGCCCAGUAGACACAUUCACAUAGACGAAUUGCACUAAACGUACUGUUGCUUAUUCCAGGAGCUAUAUGAAUACGUGGCUCUCGUUGACAUCCGGUGUGCGCUCGGCUAAACAGAAUGUGAAUAUUUGGAUACACAACCAAAAUCUAUUCGCCUGCUUUCAGCUGCCUGCAACAAGGAUAACCUCUUAAUCACACUAGCAACCUUUCAAACCAGUCACAUAGACGUAUAUAAUAGUGUUAUUGUACUCGGCAAUGCUUUUUUUCUUGUGCUCAAGUCACAUUUUCUUUGGCAUUUUUUCUUUUGUACCUUAAAGGUAUGCAAACCCCGACACAGACGCAGGACAAAUACUCAAUCUCAACCACUUUUUGUAGUUUUUUUCAGUUCUUUUCAGUCUGUUUGUGUCAAGGGGAGCUUAGUCCUCAGAUUGAGGAAGUUAUGUUACAGUAUGUUUCUUUUAAUUUUUUUUUUUUAUAGAAAUGACAUUAAAACAUAUUUUUUUGUUGGCUGUGAUGUGUUUCCCCCGACAAUAUCGUUUAAAUGAUCCUGGAAGGUUAUUGACUGUCUGUACGUUGGUCCCGCCUUCUGCAUAUUGAUCGUAUCCAGCUAUCUAUGCUUUGCUACCGUAACACGUCGAUCAGUGUGCGUGCAUAUUAAUCUGCACGCAUCCGCACUGGUUUACGACGGUGUUCCCAUGUAGUGCUGUUGUUGGAUUGCCAAACUUCUGACUUCAUUCCCGAGAGUUCGCUCAGUCCCCCAGGAUGUUUUUCUCACUUUGCACUGUUUCUUUUCAAGCUUUUCCCACAUUUCUCUCUCUCUCUCUCUCUCUCUCUCUCUCUCCCCACUCAGCAGCGCAACCAAAACUCAAACUAGGAGAGACUGUGGCCUCGUCCAGAAUCAGCGUCAGAUCUUUUCGAUCUCAGCCGUCGUGCUGGUGAGAACAGCUCUGUAGGGUUUUCCUCUGAAGCGGUGCCCCUAAAGCUCCCCGCUGUGUUCUCGAGUUUUCAUUUAGUUUUUUAACAGCCAAAAACUUAACUUACUGUGAGAUUUCAUCAUCAUAAAGAAUGCAUCCGAAAUAUUGGACGUUGUAAUUCUGUUCUCGGUUGUGCAUUUGUGAAAAUCCACAGAAUUCUGACACUUUUUUUUUUUUUUUUUUUUAGCAAGAAAGGGCGUUUGUUGUUGCCAAAACCAACACAGGAGGACCGAAGUUUAGGAUAAAUGUGUUAUAUGCUCUCAGGUUGAUUCUGGAUUGUCACUUUUCUCCUAUAAUCGUGUCUGUGAAAUAUGCUCGCCAAUAGGCUCCAGGAGCAGACUGAAGGCCUUUUUACAUGGGGGUGUGUUUGAGUGCCAGUGGCCGUCGCGGCCCGCCAGUAUCUCUGUCUCCACCCAUCUAGACCUCUUAUAUCUACCAGUACACACUGAGAAAAAACGGACACGUUCGUCAUGUGAGUUCUUUUAUUUGCUGCAAGACGUUGUGCCUCUAUAGCACUUAAAUCCGCAAGAAAGUUAGUUUAGGACUUUAAGUAGGGACGCGUUCAGGGCCGGUGGCACGUUGUGUUGUCCGGAUGCAUCUCAGUGUGUGACGGCCUGGCAGGAACGUCUUGUGCUUUCUUUUCCCCCCCGUUUUCAGUUCAGAAAUGUGUUUAUUUUUAUUUUUUCUGCCUCCAUUUACACUCUUGAUUUGUGUAGUUUGUUGUUUUGUACAAAAAUGAAAAGUGAAACACAAAAUAUUUAUAAUUUUUGUAUGGAGAAAAAAAAAAAAAACGAAGAAUGUUAAAAACAACAACAAAAAACAAGGAAAUGGAAAUUAUUUUUUAUUGUGUUGGCUAAGAAUGCGACAUCAUGAAAAACUGUUAGGGAAAAAAAAA